CGCAGCUGGCAUCGUCAUCCCAUUGAAGCGGCAGCGCGCAGGACACUCUGUUGCUUGAUCACGGCCGACAGCUUUCUGCCCAGGACUCCCGGGUUUUGAUACCGCCAACUUGCAUUGUCCAGUACCCCAGCGACAACGCUGCAGACGAAGAUACCUAAUAACAAGGACAGCAAGAACAACGCCGCCGCCGACAUGUCCACAACCCCCGCGCCGCCCGAGGACCAGGCGCGCCUGCUCGAGGAUGCACUCAUUGCCGUGCGCCAGCAGACGGUGCUGAUGCGCAAGUGCCUGGAUACUCCGGGGAAGCUGAUGGAUGCCCUCAAAUGCUGCUCUACGCUUGUCUCUGAAUUGCGGACCAGCAGCCUGGGUCCCAAGCAGUAUUACGAGUUAUACAUGGCCGUCUUCGAUGCGCUCCGUUAUCUCUCUGUCCAUCUUCGCGAGAACCAUCCCGUCAACCACCUCGCCGACUUGUACGAACUGGUCCAAUAUGCCGGCAACAUCAUUCCCCGCCUGUAUCUCAUGAUCACUGUUGGCACGGCCUACAUGUCAAUUGAGGGUGCACCCGUGAAGGAGCUGAUGAAGGACAUGAUGGACAUGAGCCGGGGCGUGCAGCACCCGAUUCGCGGGCUCUUCUUGCGCUACUACCUCUCGGGCCAAGCACGAGACUACCUCCCUACCGGCGACUCUGACGGCCCCGAAGGCAACCUGCAAGAUUCGAUCAAUUUCAUACUCACCAACUUCGUCGAGAUGAACAAGCUCUGGGUCCGCCUGCAGCACCAGGGCCAUUCGAGGGAGCGGGAGCAGAGGACACAGGAAAGGAAGGAGCUGCAGUUGCUGGUAGGGAGCAACAUUGUCAGGUUGAGCCAGCUGGUGGACUUGCCCGCGUACAAAAACGGUAUCUUGGCCCCUUUAUUGGAACAGGUUGUGCAAUGCCGCGACGUCCUCGCCCAGGAGUAUCUUCUCGAGGUGAUUACCCAGGUGUUCCCGGAUGAAUUCCACCUCCACACCCUCGAUCAGUUCCUCGGCGCUGUAUCGAGGUUAAACCCUCACGUCAAUGUCAAGGCCAUCGUCAUUGGGCUCAUGGACCGACUCUCCGGAUAUGCUGAGCGGGAAUCGCAGAACGAGCCAGAGGAGGACAGGGCGAAGAUGGAGGAAGAGGCCCUGGCAAACCUCCUUGAGAAGAUCAGGUUGGGCGCGCCAAGUACUGCUGCAGACCCAAGCGCCUACCCAGAACCGGCCGAAGCCCCGCAAAACGGAGACCACCCCGAAGCCGACGCGGCCCCGGCAGCGGAGACCUCGAAUAAAGAUCCUGAGCCGGCACCGUCAAUAGCAGACACCGAGGCGACGGCCGUGAAUGGAGAGGAGGCGCAACCAGCCAAGAAGCGCAGAGGGAUCCCCGAAAAUGUGCCGUUGUACGAGAUCUUCUUCGGGCAAGUCAAGAAUCUGGUGCAGGCACAGCAUCUCCCAAUUCAGGAUACCAUCGCCCUCUGUGUAUCGCUGAUCAACCUGGCGCUCAACAUCUACCCGGAGCGACUGGACUAUGUCGACCAGGUGUUGGAGUACGCCCACAGCAAGGUCAAGGAGCAUGCAAACAGCGCAGAUCUCCAUUCGCAACCAGCACAACAGAGUCUUCUGGCACUGCUCCAAAGUCCGCUCAGGAGAUACCUGUCAAUCUUCACGGCCUUGUCUCUUCCGACCUACGUUCCCCUUUUCCAGUCCCAGAUAUACCCCACGCGGAGAGCUGUUGCUGGAGAGGUUGCGAGGACGCUGUUAAAGAACCAGACGCUCAUAUCCACCCCGGCACACCUCGAGAAUGUUCUCGAGAUCCUCAAGGUUCUCAUCAAGGAGGGAUCGCAGUCACCUGCCGGCUAUCCCGGCGUUGUGCAGCCGCGCGCCCGCGCCCUCGAGACCGAUGAGACAAUGGAGGAGCAAGGGUGGCUGGCUCGCCUGGUACACCUGAUCCACUCAGACAACAACGAUACCCAAUUCCGCCUGCUGCAGAUGACUGGGAAGGCGUAUGCCGAAGGCAAUGAGCGGAUUCGGACCACCACACCACCGCUCAUCACCGCCGGUUUGAAGCUCGCCCGCCGCUUCAAGGCGCGUGAACACUACGACGAUAAUUGGUCAUCACAGUCGUCCGCGCUCUUCAAAUUCCUCCAUUCUGCCAUUUCGACCUUGUACACCCGCGUCAAUGGCUCAGGGGCUGCCGAACUGUCUCUUCGCCUGUUCUGCGCCUGCGGCCAGGUUGCUGACAGGACCGGCUUCGAGGAGGUUGCCUACGAAUACUUUGCCCAGGCGUUUACCGUGUACGAGGAGGCGGUCAGCGACUCCAAGGCGCAGUUCCAGGCUGUUUGCGUCAUUGCCAGCGCGUUACACCGGACGCGGAACUUUGGCAAGGAGAACUACGAUACCCUCAUCACAAAAUGCGCACAGCACGCCAGUAAACUGCUUCGCAAGCCUGAUCAAUGCAGAGCUGUCUACCUGGCGAGUCAUUUGUGGUGGGCAACGCCCAUUGCCGCUAACGGGGAGACCGAAGAGACCGAGCUCUACCGCGACGGAAAGCGAGUUCUGGAAUGCCUCCAACGGGCCCUUCGUGUGGCAGAUUCAUGCAUGGAGACGGCUACAUCCAUCGAGCUCUUUGUCGAGAUUCUCGACCGAUAUGUGUAUUACUUUGACCAGAAGAACGAAUCGGUCACGACCAAGUAUCUCAACGGUCUCAUCGAGCUGAUCCACUCCAACCUGGCCGGCAAUCAACAAGAUUCCGCGUCUGUCGAGGCCAGUAGGAAGCACUUCAUGCAGACGCUUGACAUGAUUCGGAGUAAGGAGUAUGAGGGCAUUGUGCUUACACCGAAGUGAGCGGUGGGCCAGCCGACAGGAACCAGAACAUGCUAGACUCGGGACCCCGAAACCCGGUAGUGGCUUGAGAGGGCCAGACUCGAAGACAAAACCUCACCAACACGCCAUUGCGCCCCAUCACGGAG